AUGUCUGCCUUAGCCAAACAAUUAAAAGACUUUUUAGCGUCCAAAUCUGACUUUCGAAUCGUCUACUCGUCGCUUGCUACGUCCCCACUAGCCAACGAGUCCACUCGUCGAAUCUUCGUGCUUGACUCGUCAUUCAAUCCUCCACAUUUGGCCCACUAUGCGCUUGCUAAAGAGGCAUUGAAGUUCAAAUAUAACAACUUGGAAACGCCAAAAGAUGAGCUGUCUCUUUUGCUUUUGCUCUCGGUGAAGAACGCAGACAAGGUGCUGGAAACCCCCGCUGCGUAUGACCACAGACUUAAUAUGAUGCUAUUAAUGGCCCAAUACCUCGAAAAGAACCUUGAUGUCCACGUGAGCAUUGGCUUGACCAACCAUGCCAAAUUUGUUGACAAAUCUGUGGCAUUAAUUAACUAUUUGAAGACGUAUUUUGCCAAGGAGUACCACUCCAUUAAGGUGACAUUUGCCGUGGGGUUUGACACUUUGGUUCGUAUUUUAGACCCAAAAUACUACCUCCCGGAUCUUUUACUGGAUCUGCUUCAGGAAUUCAUGACCACCACUGACUUGUUCUGCUUGACUCGCUCAGAGAAUGUGGAAAGCUAUCAGGAACAAAUGGAUUAUUUCGGCCAGCUUCGCCAUGGUAAGCUUGAUAACAUUCCGAAGGCCUGGGCCGACAACAUCCAUGUAAUGAGCGUGGAGCAAGAUAGAGAUGGUGUUGGACUGGUCUCUUCUACUAGUGUGCGUGCUGCGUUUGCUUCUGGGAUCACCAACAAUGUACCUGUGAUUCCCGAGAUCAAGAAGUAUAUCGAAGAAAACAAGUUGUACGUUGAAAGUUAA